GACAGAGCACACACACAGUUUUGGGUGACAACCUUUGCAACUCUGAGAAUUACAGGUUGGAUUGUGCAAUAUACCCUUGGUACCAUUAAAAGCCAGAAAGGCAGAGAAAGAGGAGGACUUAAGGGAAAAUCAGGACAGGUUAAGGAAGGACAUGAAAAAAGAAAGCUGCCUGUCAUGCUAAGAUUUACAGACAUCCUGCCAAAAUGUUUUCUUCAAAGCCCAGACUUGUCGUACCUUAUGGCCUCAAGACUCUGCUCGAGGGAGUUAGCAGAGCCAUUCUCAAAACCAAGCCACCGAAUAUCACCCAGUUCGCAGCAGUUUAUUUUAAAGAACUUAUUGUGUUUAGAGAAGGGAAUACUUCUCUGGAUAUAAAAGAUCUGGUUAAACAAUUUCAUCAGGUUACAGUAGAGAAGUGGUCAGAAGGAAUGAUACAAGGGAAGAAACCGGAAUGUGUAAAAGAACUUGGAGGAACAUCUGCAGUUUCUCAAGCGCCUACACGGAUGGAAAAAUCUACAGACACAGAGGAGGACAAUAUAGCUGGACUACUAUUUAGCAACAAAACCACUCAGUUUCCAUCAGUUAAUGCUGAGUUCUUAGAGUCUGAGAGCACACCUGAAGCAGUUUGUGGUCCGUCUUCUAAACCAACCACCCCUAAGACUGCUAGCCCACCCUCAUCACCACCUCCAGCAGAUGUCUCUCCAGAGUAUGCCUAUGUCCCAGCUGACCCAGCUCAGUUUGCUGCUCAGAUGUUAGGUAAAGUUUCAUCUACUCAUUCUGAUCAAUCUGACGUUUUAAUGGUGGAUGUGGCAACCAGUAUGCCUGCUAUCAAGGAGGCACUGAGCUCAGAGCCUGAUGAAGAUGUCAUGGUGGCCUCUUCUGAGUAUUCUAGAGAGGUGGUAGCAAUGCGGGUUGUAGAUUCGGGUCCUAAACCUAAAGGCGAUAAGGCUGAACCAUCAACGGCUUCCUCAUUCCCCUUGCAGGAUGAACAAGAACCUCCUGCUUACAAUCAAGCUCCUGAGGUCUCUUUUCAGGCUGAGAGUAAGGUUACAUCAGCCGUUUGUAUAUCAUCUGUCUAUAACAAUCAGCCUGUGAUUGGAGGAGUUGUUUAUGUUGAGCAAAUGCCAGAACAAAUACUUAUCCCCUUUUCUGAUCAAGUUGCUUGCCUUAAAGAAAAUGAGCAGUCACCACCAGUUAGUUCCAAACCUGUAGUACAAAAGACAACCUCAGGCACGUCUAAAAAAUCUGUAGAGUCUGUAAAACUUGUACAUGUGGAGGAGAAGGCAAUAUAUGAUUCCUCAGUACAUGUGGAGGCAGAAGCUACAGUUCUGCUCUCUGACACUUAUGUGAAAGAUCUGCCUGAGGUAGCUGCACAAUCCCUGGAUGCAGAGGGCUCCAUCAAAAUAGGCUCUGAAAAAUCUCUGCACCUUGAAGUGGAGAUCAUUUCGAUGGUCGAUGAAAAAACUGGGCAGGAGGAGGCAGGGGAAAACUCUGCACCCUGGGAGAAGGAGGUCAAACCUGGGGAAGAGGCAGAUUUUCCAGAAGGUCUCAGUGCACCAGAAGAGGAAGCAGCACCUGACAAGGUUUGAUGAAGCAAGCAAUAGCAGCAAGCGAAGCAGGACAACCACCACCAUAUUCUAACAUGUGGACCCUUUAUUGUCUAACUGACAUGAAUCAACAGAGUCGCCCAUCACCACCACCUGCACCUGGGCCUUUCCCCCAGGCAACCUUCUAUUUAUCUAAUUCUAAGGAUCCACAGUUUCUGCAGCAUCCACCAAAAGUCACUUCUCCAA